AUGAAUUAAUAAUUUACAGAUAUUAUUGAUGAUUAGCUUGAUCCUAUUCUUGGAGAAUUUACUUCUAUAACAUUAACAUCUUCAAGCAUUAUAAAUUCUCCUCUAAAACUCAUUAGGCAAUCAAAUGUAGUAGAAAUUCAAAAUGUUCACACAAAAUACAAAAGACUAAUUUAUGAAAUUAUAGAAAAAAUAAUUAUUGAAAUUGAGAAAUACUAUCAGUAACUUAUCGAAAGAAAUUAAGCCAUAAAUUUUAAACUUUAUCAAAGAAUAGCUGAAUAAACCUCAAAUAUUCAAUAAUUAUAAGAGAUAGUAAACUAACUGACUUAAGAAAAUUUGUAAUUUAGAAAUAAAGAAUUUGAAGAAGAAAUUACAUAAGAAUUCUAUGAUCCACAACAAUAUGCAAUAAGAUAAUAGAAAAAAGAGUUAUUGGAAUUGUAUGAUUUAAACGAUCAAUUAUCAAAUAAAUUAAAAAGAUAAGAGAGUAUAAAUAAUUAAUAACAAGAUACAAUUAAAAGAUAAAUAUCAUAAUUAAAUUUGCAAGAUAAAAAGAUUGCAGAAUAAUAAUAAUUGAUAGCUUAUUUAAAAUCUCAGAUAGAAGAGCUCCAAAAAUAACAGAUAGAAUUUUAGUAAUAAAUUAGAAACUUGUAAAGAAACUCAUAAAAACAUAUAGAUUCCAAUAUUAAUUAUUAAAGUUGUGAUAUAAAUUCAAGCAAAGCUAAACAUUCCACUUUGAACUAAAAUGACUCAAUAGACAAUUAAAAUGAUAAAUAAGAAACAGAAUAGUAGUCAAAUAAAUUGACUAAACGAAUAAAAAAUUAGCUUACAUCAGAUUAAGAAACAGCAACUUAGCCUUCUUAGAAAUGUAUUUUCUAAAAAAGAUAGAAACUUAUUUUAUAAUCUUUGGAAUAUUAAAAUUGUAGCGAUUUUGAAGUAAGUGCUAAGAAUAGAUAGUAUUACUAAAAUACGAUUAAAAAAACAGAACUACUUGAUAUUUCAGAGAUUAUAAAGCCAAAAUAUAAAAAAAGACCUCAAGAUUUAGAUGAUUUAUAUUUAUAUUCUAAUCGAUACAGAAAUAGCAGUGUAGAUCAUUACUAUGAGCCUCCAAAAUAGUACAGGUUUAACAUUAAACCAACAUUAAUUUCACCUUUAAGUCAAAGAAAAACUAAGUAAAAGAGGAAUAGACUAUGUACUUUAGAAUGA